CCAGCACCAGGGGACUCCAGGCACCAUAACUACUUCAAUGAUGUGUCCCUUUUAAAGAAGCCCUCAGUAGUGAAAGGGUUUUCCAGUUCUGCUUUGGCAGUCUUUUAACAUGCUUUUAGUUUCAGGAAAUGACUAGCAUUACGAAAUCGGCCAGACAAAAUAAAUAGACCAGGUGAAAGAUGAUCCAAAAGCACAGUGUUUUUCAUGCAGUGCACACUCAGAGGCUCAAACAUAUUUUGCUACACUACGGUAGUCUUUACUGAAAAAACUCACAACAGAUCAUGGAAAAACUUAAUUCAAAUAUGAUACCUUUGCGCACAGAUUUUACUGAAAAAAAAGACAGUAUUUGUAUUUUCGGAACUGGAGAUUUUGGCCGAUCUCUUGGGUUGAAAAUGGUACAGAGUGGUUAUUCUGUAAUUUAUGGAAGUCGAAAUCCUAACGCUGUCAGCAUGGUUCCGAAAGGAGUUGAAGUAUUAAACCACGCCGAAGCGGCCCAAAAAUGUUCGGUAAUCUUCCUGGCAAUGCAUAGGAACCACUACAGCUUUCUUGCUGAAUUGUCCGAUGUUUUACAAGGAAAAAUCCUAGUGGACGUCAGCAAUAACCUCAAAAUAAACCAAUAUCCAGAAUCUAAUGCAGAAUAUCUUGCAAGCGUUUUACCUGGAGCUAAAGUAGUAAAGGCCUUUAACACAGUGUCUGCAUGGGCUCUGCAGUCAGGUACAUUGGAUGCAAGUAGACAGGUGUUUGUCUGCUCCAAUGACAACAUAGCAAAACAUUUUGUGAUGGAUAUUGUACGAGGGACUGGACUGACUCCUCAGGAUCGUGGAUCUCUCUUGGCUGCCAGAGAUGUGGAGAAUUAUCCGUUACAACUCUUUCCAAUGUGGAGACUCCCAAUGUAUAUAUGUGCGGGACUGACAGUGUCUGUCUUUCUUUACUGUGUUAUGACAAUGGUGGUCUACACUGCUAUCUAUGAAAAAAAAGACGUCUCCUACUACAUUUUAGUUACCAUUCCAAACAAAGUAUUUCCGAUUGUCUCACUAAUGCUACUAGCCCUGGUUUACCUUCCCGGAGUGUUUGCUGCCAUUAUCCAAUUAUACAGAGGAACAAAGUACAGUCGUUUUCCAAAUUUUCUUGACCAAUGGAUGCUUUGUCGCAAGCAACUUGGACUAGUGGCCCUCGCAUAUGCGUUUCUUCAUGCAAUUUAUACCCUGGUUAUUCCAAUUCGCUACUCUGUAUCCUUCAGAAGAAACAACGGUAUCAUUGAACAGAUAAAAACCAACAAUACAAGACCCUUUUUGUACAGUAGCACAUGGCGAUCAGACACAUAUUUGGCUUUUGGAAUUCUUGGAUUCUUCUUCUAUAUUCUCUUAGGGAUAACAUCCUUACCUUCCGUCAGCAACACUGUAAAUUGGAGGGAGUUUCGAUUUGUACAAUCAAAACUUGGAUAUCUUACACUGCUGCUGUGUACGGCGCAUGCUAUGGUCUAUGGCUGGGACAGAUUCCUCAUCUUUUCUCGAUACAAGUGGUACCUUCCACCUGCUUACACACUAGCUCUCAUCAUUCCGUGCAUUGUGCUGGUCUUCAAAUUUAUUCUUAUAACCCCAUGCAUAGAUCAAAGAAUUACAAAAAUUCGUCAAGGAUGGGAAAGAAUGUCUAAACCACAAAAAGACACACAUUUACACAAUGACAACUUAGCUAUAUAGUUAUUUGUGGUGCAAUCAAACACUAGGGGGCCUUCACUGGAAUGUUCUCGAGUAUUCCUGCUACAGGUUUAUCGAAAAAUUCCAAGCUCCCUUAAUUUGCGCUUCUGGUGAUUUAUUGUGAAUUGAGAUAUGUAUGUUUCCCUUGCCCAGUUCAUCCUUCAUGAAUGACGCUAUGAGGUAUAACAUUUUCUCAGUCUCCUUACCUAAUCAGUGUUCGUUAACAAGGGCAGUCCAGAUAUCUGUAGCUUAUACAAAUGAACAACUCCAAUGUGUCCUGAUAAUGAUCAGCUUAAAAUAUGGCAGAAAGCACAGUUAUAACUGCAUUCAUCGUGACACGUGUAGUUAAGCCACUAUUAACAAUAUAGCAUGCAAGCUGUACAGUAGCACAACACACACUUUAUGGAUGACUGGGAGAAUACUUUGUCAAAACACUGUAAGAAAUCUACAUUCUGGUAUAUACCUAAGAUGCAGACAGGGUGUGAUUGAAUAUUCCAGAACCCAUUUGGAAAAUGUGAAAAAUUCUUUGGAGCACAACAGAUUAUAUAAUUUUGUUAAAAUGUCAUAAGCCACUUGUACGUUAGUCAAAAUUGUAGUUUGUAUUGAUAAGGGAGAGAUUAAUCAUUGAAUCCAAGAGCCAUGUGGACUGAAAUAUGAGUUUAAUGCUUUAAAAAAAUAAAUUAAAUAAAAAAGCAGGUAUAGUUACAGGGGGAAAAAAUCAGGUUCAGGUCUUUAGGGGUCGAGAUAGAAGACAGGACAUGUAUGAGUUGGUGACAAUGGAGGGAUUCUAAUAAUGGGGGAGUCUUCUUCUUGUCAUAGACAAAAAAAAGCAUAUACGGAAGUGUCCAGGAUUGGAGAAAAGUCUGGUUUAUUAGAGAAAUGUAAUAGAGAAGGGAAUGUAGAGGGUAAAAGGGUAUUCCGUUUUGUCAAUGCCAUUGAAUUUCAGGUUUUAACAAAGCGUUUGCUGUUAAUAUACUGAAAGUGCCAUUAGUAAGAGAUAGUAAGUCCUUCAAGACCGGGGGCUUUAGGACACUCUAAAAUUCUUCAAUAUAAAUAUGAAUAUCAAGGUAAACUGGCAGUUCAUUAUUUUGGUUUUAGGGCAUGUUUAGGGAGCUAGUGUUCAAUCUGCUUAAAUGUAUCUUUAAUGUCUUCAGGACAGAAAGGCUUUUCAAUUUCAAAUGCAGACACUUUCAGCAAUAUAAAGAAAUAAUAGGCAGACCUGUCCGGUCAAGUUAUACAUUUUGGUAAGAAAUGUGUGUGGGGUUUUUUGAACGUUCACAAAUUCUAUUACAUUUGUAACAGCCCCUAGUGAUUCAAAAACCUCUCUUAAUAGAGCUAUUUAGAAAUGUUUGUGUCACACGGGACUGGAAUUUUCAUUGCUUACAUUUUGUAAAUCUAGUUUACAUUCCAGAUACUGUUUUGCUAUGGAGUAUUGUCUUGAUUUGUUUGCAUGUUUCUUUCAUAUUGUCACUUU